ACGCAAGUAUAAGUUGUAAGAGACUUGUUUUUCAGUAAACUUUUCUAAAACUGAAAAGGGAUGCAAGUGCCGGUGAUACUUUUUGGCUAGGACAAUACAGUAUUUUCUAUACACAUCUUAUGGAACACAAUUUUCGCAACAAACCUUGACCUAAAUCUGACAUACAGAUUAGGAAUCCACAGAGCAAGCUGAUAGCUAAACAUUACAUUCUUGAACAACACUUUGUGCCAAAAUUCCCGGAAACUUGAUACCAACUUCCAGAUCGAUGAGUUUCAUAGAAAACAGGAAAAAUUUUUGAAUAACGAUUUUCUUAGAAGGUGACCAGAUUUCUCAAGAACAAAAUUUGGCCCCUUUGUUUACGAUUCAGGUCAGAUAUUUCUAAAUUAAGCGAAUGUUACGGCAACUAUAGUUUAAAGUCGACUCCGUUUAUAGUCACUCCACUUUUAGUCGGCAUAACGUUCACAGUCACAUAACAAUUAGACCCGAAUACGAAAACUUUUCAAUUAAACUCCAUUAUGAACUAACAAUUAAAGAUAGUAUACCAAUCCUGUUUUAAUUGGCUUUCAGCUCAUCAAAUGUGCUUUUAGUUUUUUUUUAAUUGGGUAGGAAGCUCCCUGGUAUGUCCUUCUAAGAAAAAAUGAAUAUCGUCUUCCGCAGCAGUUUUAUUAAAAGGCUGGCAAUACGGACAUUUUCUAUCAAUCCUAGGAAUAGGAUUCUUCCCGUAUCUACCUGUUUAGGAACAGGGUUAGUUUAGAUUAAUUUUACCUGUUACACACACAUAUUUAUUAAUGUGUUUUAGCAAAAUUUAAAACCUUGGAAGGAGCCUUUAAAACUUUUAGUAAUAUUUUAGGGUUGCAUACACAAAUUUGCAUUCACAUUGUUUUUAAACUGCAUGUACAAAGAUUAAUCAUUUUUUUGCCGCAAUGGCAUGCAUAUCAGCUUGUUCUAAAUUUGUUUUUAACUUUUGAUCAAUUUUAUGGCUCGUUUUCUUAUAAAAUUGUUUUUAGCAUAAAGAGUGUACAGUGUCUGCAACCUGAAUAUAUUAUAUGUCUAGUCAAUGACUAUGGUGUGUUGUUGCGCCGCCCUGUUCCUUCUGUCUAAACAGACAGCGAUGGGUAUUUACCGGAGAACGGAGAUUCCUAGUAAUUCCAAGAGUUGGUAAAAUAAACUGUCUACGUCAUUCUUACCUGAAAGGGGAAGUCCGGGGAGAUUAUACUUAAAAGUCGCUGGAAAGUACGGUCUGCAGACAGAAGACGCGGUACUGAGUGGACGGCAAGAACUGCAUCAGUGGCACAUGAUCUUCGUUGACAUUUGGUCGAGACUACUUCAAAGUCAAGAAUUUUGACUUGACUGAUUUUUGCGACAAUGGAAAGUUCAAAAAUCACUAGAGCAGCUCUAGGACGUUUCGCCAAACUUGGUGAUCUAUAUGACGCAAGGAGAGAUGAAUUUCUUAGCAUCAGUGGGUUCAGAGACUCUCUGACAGAUGAUGACAUAUAUGAAGAGGAAGCCAACAGCGUGGACGUUGAUUUUAUUGUCACCGAUUCACUGAAAGAGAAGUUUGAUAAACUUGACAUCAAUGCAGACCUUAGUUUGAGUAUCCUUGCCGGGCUGGUGAAGUUGAAGGGAUCAGCCUCGUACCUUCAUGAUCAGAAGAGCAGUUCAAGGUCUGCAAGGAUGACGCUGACUUACUCGGUGCGUACAAAACAUCAAGAAGUCGAUGGAAUAAAAGCUAAGAUAGACAAGGACGCACUGGAUUCAGAUGAUGCUACACACAUCGUCGUUGGCAUAGACUGGGGAGCGAAAUGCAAUGUUACCUGUGAAUAUGAAAAGUCAGAUAACGAGGACGAAACAAAAGUUCAGGGGCAGCUCCGUGCUGAGAUCGAGAAAUUGAAGAAUGGGCUUUCUGUUGAAGGUGGAGCAAGUGUUGAUUUUUCACAGCAAGGUAGAGAAGAAGGUACCAAAUUCUCCUACCAUUGUAAAUGUGAUGUCAGUGAUUUGAGUAAAGACAUUCCUUCUACAUUUGAAGGAGCGAUGACAGUUGCAACAAAACUACCAUCGGCGGUGAAGAUGACUAACGAUGGCAAGGGAAUUCCCAUCUCCUACACCAUGCUAUCACUUGCAACUGUGCGUAAAAUGUGUAAAAUGGAGCAAAGGGUUGAUGUCUUAUGCAAGCAAAUACAGGAAGAUGCCAUCAAGCGAUGUUUCCAAACAAUGGAGAAAGUCGAUGAAACACGUCAAAAAUUGUAUGACUUGGUUAAGGACCUGGGUGACAAUCAAGCGUCAAUCAGUAGCACAGACCUCAACAGGGCACAGGAUUUGCAGAACAACUUCGAGGUUUCCAAAUCUCAGUUCAAAUGCAAGCUGCUGGAAGCACUUGUAGAGGUGCGUUCUGGUAAGAAGGAUGUUUCAGCACUCACUGAAGCUCAGGCGAGCUUUCUUAAUGGAGAAUUCUCCCCAGGAAAAGUCAGCCAGGAGAUUAGCAAGUUUGAUGAAGUGAUUGGCAAGCUGAAGCUAAUCCGCAAUCUCCAGGGCAACCAUGUCUUGUGCCUUGGCAGGAAUAGAUCAUAUGAACUAGCCCUUCAUCAAAAUUCUGACAAGAAAUUAUAUAUUCUCUACAUGGUAUAUUCAUACAAGUCUCAAAAACCUGAUUCAUGGCGGAAGCAAAUCGAUCUCUUUUUUCGACUGUUUACAGCACACAAAGAAGAAAGAGAGUACAGAUUCAUUGUUGUUGACUGCGAAGCUCAGUCGGGUUUGAAUAUUAAGGGCACAAUGUACAUUGAGUAUUUUGAAAAAGGAAUACUUUUCUGCGAGGAUGUCUACGCUUUAGAGGCACAAGACCUACAGAACUGUAGCGUGAAAAGGGAUAUCAGCGAACCACUUCGAAGAAAGCCAAACAACAGAGUUCCCUUGGAGAUAAGAUGUCCAAAAUCAUUUGGUGGUAGAUGCUCUUUAGAGCCUGUCCAUUGGGUCUGCUGGAAUUGUAAGGAUAUUAUUGAAUAUGGACUUUUAGACAGGUACAUGUAUUGCAAAUGCGGUGGUGGCAUCUACUCUGGAGCAUCUUUCCGAUGUACUGAUGUCAAGCAUGGCCUGUCAUUUGUGCCAUUCGAGAAAGGUCUUCUGGAGCAAGUCUUGAAUGAGCUACGGAUGGUAAAAGAAACCAACAUUGUUAUUCUCGGAGAGACUGGUGUUGGGAAAUCAACUUGGAUCAAUGCUUUAGCAAACUAUUUGGCAUUCCCCACGCUUAACGAUGCGAAGGAGGCUGAUGAUAUCAAAGUUCUGAUACCAUCACAGUUUUCAUACACAUCUGAGACAGGAGCAAUGCAGAUGAUAGCUGUUGGUGAAAAAAGCGGCAACGAAGUGUUGAAGGCAGGGCAGUCAGCCACUCAGGGCCCAAAAGCGUACAAGUUCAUCGUUGGAAAGCACGUGAUCAGAUUGAUUGAUACCCCCGGUAUUGGUGAUGUUCGUGGUCUCGAACAGGAUGAGAAGAACUUCGAGAAUAUCCUCGCCCAUUUAUCAUACUAUGAGGAAAUUCAUGGGAUCUGCAUACUUUUGAAACCUAAUGAUUCUAGGCUGACUGUAACUUUCAGGUUUUGCAUAACGGAACUCUUGACACAUCUGCACAAGUCAGCUUCGUCUAAUAUCAUUUUUUGUUUUACAAAUGCAAGAAGCACUUUCUACAGGCCUGGAGAUACGUUGCCGAUUCUGCAGAAACUAAUAGCCGAAUACAAAGAUGCAGUAGUCAGUGUAACACCUAGGAACCAAUUCUGUUUUGAUAACGAAGCCUUCAGGUUUCUUGCUUGUAUGAAAAAUGGUGUACAAUUCACCCAACAAGACAUUGAUACCUACUCUUCAAGUUGGGACAGAGCUGUAUCUGAAACCGAACGACUGUUUCAGCACAUUUCAGAAUUAAAGCCACAUUCAGUGCAACAUACUGUCAGUUUGAACAAUGCAAGGCGAAUAAUUCUAGAGUUGAGUAAGCCAUUGGCGGAAACUGCAGCGAACAUACAGAGAAAUAUUGAGGCUGCGGACAGGAAAACCAAAGAACUUCAGGCAUCUAAUAAAACAGCUAGUGAACUACAAGGCCAACUUUACUUGGACGGGAUCGAUCUUGAGCCUGUUGCGCUGGAUUUCCCAAGAACCGUUUGCACUGACUCGUCAUGCGUCGACUACGUCCAGGUUGCCGGUAACAUACAGAAAACGGUAUAUCGCCAGCAAUGCCAUGCGCACUGUUACUUAUCUGGUGUGCCAGUAGAAAGCGUAAACAACACAAGGCUUCAGGACUGUGCAGCGAUGGGUGGUGCACCGAAUUACACAUGUCGACAGUGUAAUCAUUCGUGGAGAGUUCAUAUGCACAUGACAUACGAUUUAGAGAAGAAGACAGUGAGAGUAAUCGACAAGAACAAAAAUGCUCUACUUACCAAAGAACAAGAUCAUGCAACGAAGCUGCAGAAUUUCAUCGACGAGGUGAAGGCCUAUAGCAACGAGCUAAGAGAGGAACAAAAAACAAUCACAAACAUCUGUGCUCAGUUUGGUUGUUAUUUGAAGAAGAAUGCAAUAACCCCUUUCAACGAUGAAAUUGAUGCUCACUUAGAUAUGCUGAUCAAACAGGAGCAAAACAAGCCUGAUGGAAGCCAGGAGACAAUCAACAACCUACAACAAAUGAAGCAAAAGUACGAACAACAGAAAAUGAUUAUUUACAAUGCUAUGGAACAUCCUGGUACAGAAAAUGUCGACUUCAUAUCUGAUCCCGGCAACGUCGAAGAGCUGAAGCAGAAAUUGUUUAAGCUGAAGCACAAUGGGGCAACCCUGAAAGCUAUUUUUGAAAAGAUCCAGAAAGUCCGGUCAGACUACCAUUACAACGAGAUGCAGGUCGCACCAAUUAGAGUCAAAAGGGGCAGAGAAGGGAGAGGCUUGAAGGCAGGGUUGCUAAGCGGCCUGCAAUCAGUUUUCAAGAAGUUCAGGUCUUUGAGUUCGACAGCUUCCAAGAGCCACAGUGCAAACGACUGGACCAUGAUUUGAAGAAUCAUUAUCUCAAUUACACUUUUGUUAUGCUUGAUUAAAGGACAUGUUGUCAUGUAGUUCGAACUUGAAGAGGUACUAUAGCGUUAUGCUAUGAUUUAUAGUACUCCAUAGUUAAUAUAGAUGCAAAAUAAUUACAUCGAUAAGUUUGCAAAUGUUUCGCACUACAGUCAAUGGCAAAAUUUGUAGAAGGACGGUAGAGUCUCAAAAUUCUGAAGGCAGAGUAGCCUGGUAACGACAAAAUUUUCAGGAGAGCCACAAGUUCUAGACGUUUCCUUAUAAGAACCAUAAGGUUGUAUAAAGUGGCGGAUCUCUUUGAAAAAUAUUACACUUGAACAAAACUGUUACUUUUGUGUUGAUUAUUUAACUUCUUUUGAGCUUGUUUGUAACCUUACUAAACAAAAUUUUACGUCAUAAUAGCGGCGUUUUACUAUGGUUCUAGGACUCCAAAGAGGAUUGCCUUAUGGGGUAAUUUGCCCUUAGCCCCUAAUAAACCCACAGGUUGCCUAAGAUGUAUU